AUGCUGGGCGGAAGCUCAGGUUCAAAUUUCAUGAUGUAUGUACGAGGCUCCGAUCAGGACUACGACGACUGGGCCAUCAUCACCGGCGAUGAAACUUGGUCGAGUGCAAAUUUGAAGCCUUACAUGCGAAAGCACCAGACCCUCGAUCCGAUUGACGAGGCGGCCACGUUCGACCGUUCGCUGUGUCCCUUUGUCGACGAAAACCACGGCAUGUCAGGCCCUAUCCACACGUCCUUCAACGAUACCUUUUUCCCCAUUGAGGAGGACUUUAUCAAAGCCUUUGACGAAGUUACUGGCAUAGCCAAGAGACCCAAGGACCCUUACGCUGGCGAUCACAUUGGCUUCUACCACACGCUCGGCUCGAUCGCGCGAACAGGCCCAGACAAAGGCAAGCGAUCGUACGCGGCCCGAACGUAUUUCGCACCUAACGCGCAGCGACCCAAUUUGUAUGUCCUCACCGAAGCAACUGUCAGCAGAAUUGAGCUCGAGGGAACCACGGCCACCGACGUCAGUUUCUCGCACGGGGGGAAGGCCUUUACGGCACAUGCCAAAGGCGAAGUCAUUGUGUCUUGUGGGGCGAUCCAAUCACCUCAGAUCCUCGAGCUGUCUGGCAUUGGCGAUCCAGACGUCUCGCAAAGUGCCGGCGUAGCGUGCAGAGUCGCGAAUCUGGCGAUCGGCAAUAACUUGCAGGAUCAUGUGCUUAGUGGUGUCGGAUGGGAAAUGAAAGAGGGCAUUCUCACGCUCGAUAGUCUGGCCGAUCCGGCUGUCAUGCAAGCCGCGCAAAAGCAAUUUAUUGAGGACCAGAGUGGACCUCUGACUUCUGUCUCAUCUACACACUGCAAUGCAAUUCUGCCACUCGUCUCGAUGCCGAAGGAAGAACAGGACAAUCGUCCUCGACAAUAG